UGGGGCGGCAAACGCGUGGCUUUUGGCGAGGCGCGCGGCGCAGGAAAUCAGCGUCUCGGCUCUCGAUGGAUGCGGCCGCGACCAGGACCCACAGCCCGCCGUCGCGGAGCAGCCUCGCGUCGUCCGACGAGCACGAGUCUAGCCCAUCGCCGGUGACCCGCCCGUGCCCGUCGGGUGACCCGUCGCCGUGCGGAGCCCGACUGUCGCUGUGCGCCUCCCCGGCCACCGUAUCCGUGCACGGCUACCUGCAAGGGGCAGCUGCCGCCGCACGACAGCUUGGAAUCACGGUCGACGGCGGCGGCCCGCCCCCGUCCCUGCGCGGCGGCGGCGGCGGCCAGGCUUCGUCGGACGAGUCCCGCUGCACGUCGGGCGGCUCGCGGCGCGGUGCCUCGCCGGGCCUCACGUGCGUCGUGUGCGGCGACACGUCCAGCGGCAAGCACUACGGCAUCCUCGCCUGCAACGGGUGCAGCGGCUUCUUCAAGCGAAGCGUCCGCAGGAAGCUCAUCUACAGGUGCCAAGCCGGCACCGGUAGGUGCCUGGUGGACAAGGCGCACCGGAACCAGUGCCAGGCGUGCCGCCUCAAGAAGUGCCUCCAGAUGGGCAUGAACAAGGACGCAGCGGUGCAGAACGAGCGCCAGCCGCGCAACACGGCCACCAUCCGGCCCGAGUCGCUGGCCGACUCGGAGCGGCUGCUGCGCGAGGGCGCCGCCGUGGGCGUGUUCCCGCACGCGCCCAGCGCCGCGGCCGCCGCCGCAGCCGCUGCAGCCGCGGCCGCGCGCUACCUGGCGCUGGACCGGGCCGCCUCCCAGCAGCAGCAGCAGCAGCAGCAGUCGCGCGAGCUGCAGCACCACCGGCCCGCCAAGUACGAGCGCCGGGACGACGCGCCCACCAAGGAAGAGGACACCUCCGAGUCGGGUGGCUGCCGGGACGACAUCGGCAACGGUGGCGGGCUCGGCGACGCGUCGCUGACCACGGCGACCAGCCGGCGUUCCCCUGUGGGGCUGCUGCCCCCGCCCCUGCUGUGCCAGCAGCAGACGCAGCAGCCCAUGCCGGGCUACGGCGAGUUUCCCCUGUACCCGGUGGCCCAGGAGAGCGUGUACGAAACGUCGGCGCGCCUCCUCUUCAUGGCGGUCAAGUGGGCCAAGAACCUGCCGUCCUUCUCCAACCUGCCCUUCAGAGACCAGGUGAUCAUCUUGGAGGAGACGUGGUCCGAGUUGUUUCUGCUGUGCGCCAUUCAGUGGUGCCUGCCCCUGGAGGCGAGCCCACUGUUCAGCCCAGCCGAGCACGCCGCGCUCGCACUGCACAACAACGGAACCCCGGGCGGAGGUGGCGGCGGCCAGCAAGGGCAACAGGGCGCAGCGCAGAACCACAACUCCAAGGUGGCUCCGCUGACCGACGUGCGCAUCCUGCAGGAAGUGCUGGCGCGCUUCCGGGCCAUCGGCGUCGACCCCGCUGAGUUCGCCUGCCUCAAGGCCAUUCUACUCUUCAAAGCCGACUCCCGAGGCCUGAAGGACGCGCACCAAGUGGAAGCGCUGCAGGACCAGGCGCAGCUCAUGCUGCAGCAGCACGUCAAGACGCAGCAUCCAACGCACCCUGUCAGAUUCGGCCGGCUGCUGCUGAUGCUGCCCUCCCUGCGGUACGUGCCGGCGGAGCGAGUCGAGGCCCUCUACUUCCAGCGCACCAUCGGCAACACGCCCAUGGAGAAGCUGCUCUGCGACAUGUUCAAGUGCUGAUCGCCAAGCACGCCCCACCACCGCGCGACCUCCGUGCGCGGUUAUCCGUAGGUUCACGUGAACGUCCAGAGUUCUGGAAGGUAUGCUGCUCCUUCGAGGAAGAAAGACGCGACUACGCCAACUUUCUUGUCCGCGUCUAAUCGUUCACCCACGGUCGACGCAAGGCGUAAACUGUAGAACCACGUGGGAUCCUGUACAGAUCGCCCUUCAUCCCCCCUGCGAUUGCUACCUAGUCCAACAUGGCUGCGGGUGGUUUCACGGACGUACUCGCACAGUACAAACAACAAAGUGCAUCCAUCGUAUUGCUCCCCGCCUUCUUGCGUGGGCCACGUACGCCCCAUUCCAUGCCCUUACCCUCCCCCCCCCCCCCCCCCUCCCUCCGCAUUCAUUUUUCUGGAAACCAAGCCAACAAGAAGACAAUAUGUGCCAAAAAAACCUGUUCUUUUGACGGACUCGACGCUUCGGCCGUCACCCGCGAGAUUCUUCUCCGCCACUUCCAGCACAGCGUGAAUCAUUCCAUGUAAUUCAGUCACGAAAGAAAUGACUGAUUCAGGACAACCAGUAAGCAGCAUGAGGAGAAUCGGGAAGAGUGCAACACCAAUGCAGCGUCGUGUCGCCAACUCCCUUCGGGCCGACCCAUAAGGUUUUGGUGAAUAAAUGCUCUUAGAUGCUAUGUAAAAAAGAAAGAAAGGACGCCCCUUGUGCCGGCGUUGUUCCAAGAGCAUGUGCCGUCUUUGUACUGACACUCGUGCUGCAAUAACUGAGACGAACUGCAAUAUUUGCAUUGAUCAUUCGUUUCCAAAGCUGCCAAAACUGCAUAACUGUCUCUUUUACAGUCGGUCGAGCUUAAAAAGAAAGAACACGAUCAAAAUCCCGUUUCAAAUGCCGUCGAUUGUAUGACUUACAUGGCUUGUUCGAUUAGAAGCUACGGUGAUGCGACACGCAGCUUAAAUAAACGAGAAGAUGUCCCGUCUCAGAGUUGUCGGUGCGUAUUUUGAGACUUGCUGUAUGCCACUGUGAUCGUGCUUAAUUUUCGGCCGACUGUAAACUAAACAAUUUGCCGGUGCGCUUCUCGGUGCAGGCGUGUUACUACUUCCUGCUUUGUGUAUUAUCACCCGACAUUUCCCUUGCAUGAACCAUGACGAUAAGUUAUGCCAUGUUACAGUAUUACAGUGUCGCCAAUGCAUUUUA